CGAGAGACGAUUCGUGGAUCAUCAGACGGAGACCAACCUUGGAGACCCCGAGGGGCUGCACGGCGGUUGGGCGGUCAAGCCAAUGCCAGCACACAUCAUCUGCCGAAGAAACUCUAGACGGCCUUCCGUUGCCCCGUGCCAACCAGCCCUAAACUUUCUCUACAACUCAUUAUCGAAUGGGAAAAGGGACAGAAGGGGAUAAAUAAAUGUACUGAGAAAAGCCCGGCCGCCGAUCCCUCCCUCCCCUCUCCUAGAAGCAGGUUUCCCCACGCAGCGUCGCAUCGUGCGUACCAAGCCCGGCUUGGUGUCUUCUCUCGCGUUGCUACCCUCGUCGACGCGCAGGAAAUCUCGAUAUUUAAGAUAAAGAGGUUUGUGCCGAGGACCGAUCCUUCGAAGAGGGGGCGCUGUUAAGAUGGUGCUAUCCACCAUCAACGAGAUCACGGUCGAAGCCGACAAGAAAUCUCCCUACACGGACAUGGAGCCAACCAGCGUCGACCGGAAGUCCGAAUCGGUCGUUUACCAAGACACGCCGACGUCGACGCCGGCGCCGUUGGAAUGGACCGAGGACGAGGAGAAGGCCAUCCGGCGCAAGCUCGACUGGCACACCGUUCCGCUGGUGACGCUCCUGUAUCUCCUUUGCUUCCUCGAUCGAGCCAACAUCGGCAACGCCAGGAUCCAGGGCAUGGCCGUCGACAUCAACCUCGGCGGCUACCGCUUCAACUGGGCCCUCUCCGUCUUCUACAUCGUCUACCUCCUCGUCGAGGUCCCCAGCAAUAUCGUCCUCAAGCGCGUCGGGCCCCGGUUCUACCUCCCCGCCCUCGUCGUCGGCUUCGGCCUCGUCUCCCUCUGCACCGCCUUCGUCACCUCCUUCCCGGGCCUCCUCGUCGCGCGCGCCGUCCUCGGCAGUUUCGAGGGCGGCGCCAUGCCGGGCUUCUCCUUCUUCCUCAGCAGCUUCUACAAGCGGGAGGAGCUGCUCUUCCGGCUGGGCAUCUUCAUCUCGGCCGCCUCCGUCGCGGGGGCCUUUGGCGGCCUCCUCGCCGCGGGGCUCUCCCGGAUCCCGCCGUGGGGGAUCAACGGCGCGCUCAUCCACUCGUGGCGCAACAUCUUCUUCUUCGAGGGCCUCGUCACCGUCCUCGUCGGCGGCCUCGCGCCCCUCUGGAUGCCCACGGACCCGGCCACGGCCUACUUCCUCGACGCCCGCGAGCGGGCCAUCGCCGUCGAGAGGCUGCGGCGCCAUCAGCAGCAGUCGUCACGGGAACACGCCGGGGACAACAAGGUGAAGCUGGGCGACGUCCGGCGGGCGGUGCUGUGCGUCCACAACUACACGUGUGCGCUCGGCUUCUUCCUCGUCAACAUCACCGUCCAGGGCCUGUCCGUCUUCAUGCCGACCAUCCUGGCGGACCUCGGCUGGACGGCGACCCAGGCGCAGCUGUACUCGGUGCCGCCGUACGUCGUGGCCGCGCUGACGGCCGUCGCCAUCGCGUGGUGCAGCGACAGGACGCGCCAGCGCGGCGUCUUCCUGGCCGUCUUCGCGCUCGUCGCCGCCGUCGGGUUCGCCAUCCUGAGGUUCGAGGCGCGCGCAAACAUUCGGUACAUGGCGGUGUAUUUUGUGACGGCGGGUGCUUUUCCCGGCGGUCCAGGAUUCCUGAGUUGGGCGAUGAACAACUCGGCAGGCCCCUCCGUUCGUGCGGUAACGAGCGGAUAUGUCGUGUCCAUCGGCACCAUAGGCGGCAUCGUUGCAACAUGGACCUACACGUUCAAGGACGCCCCAAAGUACUUUACCGGGCACACCAUCAACCUCGUCGGCCAGAGCCUCACCGUCCUGCUCGCCCUCUUUGGAAUAGCGUACUGCCUCUACGAGAACAAAGCCAGGGCGGCUGGGAGGAGAGACCACAGGCUGGAGGGCCUGACGGAAGAGGAGCAGGGCCGGCUGGGCUACAGACACCCUUCGUUCCGGUACAUGACGUAGGCGAGGGCAGACCACUGGGGUUGGUCUAAUCUUCAUAGUUGAUGGCGCUUGUGAACAAGACGGAAUUAUUCGCGUUGUUGACACACUUUCCCAAAGCUCCCUAUUGGUGCUUGUGUCACUUAGACUUGAGUCAAAGCAUGGGUUUCUUCGAGGGAAAGUGUCCUAUGAGUCAAGUCUUUCAACCUUGAACGGGGGUUCUGUGUCAUGUAGUCCAAGACCGACUAAUCAAACAGCCCUCUGAAUCUCGG